GUGCCUUGUUUCCCUGCUUUUGAUUCAUCUCCUUUGCUGGGCAGGCUUGAAUGAUUGGUCUGUUGUGUUUUGAUCUCUGCUGCAGGGGUCUUAAAGGCGAGCUGCGGAUCCUCUAGGUCCGGACAUGAAUGCAGUCACUUAUGAGGAUGUGCAUGUGAGCUUCACUAAGGAAGAAUGGGCUUUGCUGGAUCCUUCCCAGAAGAAGCUCUACAAAGAUGUCAUGCUGGAGACCUACAGGAACCUCAGUGCUGUAGGCUUCAAUUGUGAAGGCCAAAAUAUUGAAGAACAGUAUCAUAUUUCUAGAAGACAUGGAAGGCAUGAAAGAAGUCAGAGUGCAGAUAAAACCUUUGAGUAUACUCAAUGUGGUAAAGCCUUUGCUUUACAUGCUCAUAGUCGUGCACAAAGGGAUGAAAAGACUUAUACAGAAAAGAAACCCUAUGAAGUGAUUCAGAGUGUUGAAGCCUUUGCACCUUACACUAAUCUCCAAAUACAUAAAAGAACACAAACUGGACAGAAAUCCUAUGAAUGUAAUCAGUGUGGUAAAACCUUUGGAAAGAACAAUCAUCUUAAAAUGCAUGAAAGAUUACAUACUGGAGAGAAAUGCUAUGAUGGUAAAAGACAGAGUAAAGCCUUUACAAAUUGCAGUCAUCUUAAAAAGCAUGAAAGAAUUCAUACUGGAGAGAAACCCUACAAAUUUAAUCAACGUGAUAAAGUCUUUACAAAUCACGAUCAACUUAAAAGGCAUGGAAGAAUUCAUACUGGAGAGAAACUGUACAAAUGUAAUCAAUGUGGUAAAGCCUUUUCACACUACCCUCAUCUCAAAGUACAUAACAGAACACAUACUGGAGAGAAACCCUACAAAUGUAAUCUAUGUGACAAAGCCUUUUCACAGUACAGUAUUCUACAAAAGCAUAAAAGAAUUCAUAGUGGAGAGAAACCAUACAAAUGUAAUCAAUGUGAUAAAGUCUUUACAAAUCACGAUCAACUUAAAAGGCAUGGAAGAAUUCAUACUGGAGAGAAACCGUAUAAAUGUAAUCAAUGUGAGAAAGCUUUUUCCCAAUAUUAUAAUCUCCAAAAUCAUAAAAGAACACAUACGGGAGAGAAACCCUAUAAAUGUAAUCAAUGUGAUAAAGCUUUUUCACACUACCCUCAUCUCAAAGUACAUAACAGAACACAUACUGGAGAGAAACCCUACAAAUGUAAUCUAUGUGACAAAGCCUUUUCACAGUACAGUAUUCUACAAAAGCAUAAAAGAAUUCAUAGUGGAGAGAAACCCUACAAAUGUAAUCAAUGUGAUAAAGCCUUUUCACGGCACUAUGAUCUCCAAAUACAUAAAAGAACACAUACAGGAGAGAAACCCUACAAAUGUAAUCAAUGUGGUAAAGCCUUUACACAUCGUAGUAUUCUACAAAAGCAUAAAAGAACUCAUAGCGGAGAGAAGCCCUACAAAUGUAAUCAAUGUGAUAAAGCCUAUACCCAAAACAGUAGUCUUCAAAUACAUAAAAGAACACAUACUGGAGAGAAACCCUACAAAUGUAAUCAAUGUGAUAAAGCCUUUUCCCAACAUAAUAAUCUCCAAAGUCAUAAAAGAACACAUACAGGAGAGAAACCCUACAAAUGUAAUCAAUGUGAUAAAGCCUUUUCACGAUAUCCUCAUCUCAAAGUGCAUAACAGAACACAUACUGGAGAGAAACCCUACAAAUGUAAUCAAUGUGAUAAAGCCUAUUGCCAAAACAGUAGUCUUCAAAUACAUAAAAGAACACAUACCGGAGAGAAGCCCUACAAAUGUAAUCAAUGUGAGAAAGCCUUUUCACGAUACAAUGAUCUCCAAAUACAUAAAACCACACAUACUGGAGAGAAACCCUAUGAAUGUGAUCAAUGUUGGAAAGCCUUUGUAUGUCACAGUCGUCUUCAAAAGCAUAAAAUAAUUCAUACUGUAGAGAAGGCCUAUGAAAGUAGUUGAUAUAGUAAAGUCUACAAAUUUUCAUAGGUUUUUUUUUGGGGGGGGGGUUGAGACAGGGUUUCUCUGGAGCUCUGGCUAUCCUGGAACUCACUCUGUAGAC